CCUAUUCCAUCAUGCAUACCAUAGUGCAUAACCUUGAUUGCACUAGAGUGUUUCGCAAAGCCCCCGAAACGUCUACGUAAACGUCUAUUCGUUAUCACGAGGUCAAACAAUGAUAUAGACGUUAAUGCCGGCGUUUCGGGGAUUUGCAAAACUUCCUACUAUAGCUAGGAGUUCAGAAAAGUUGUGAGGUGGUUUCUGAUGUGCGUGACAUAAAAAGAUAUGUUUCGAAUUAAAUGAUUUCAUGACAAUUAUCGUGGGGAAUAGGUUUUUUGAUGUCACUUAAACGUUACAACGAUAUGCACUAACAACAUGGUUUGCGGUUCAUGUGAUAUCUAAGUUUGCAAUCAUAUAGUUAUUGGUCCAAUACAAUAAUCUUCUGUGGAUGAAAGUGACAUGGGCUUGCAUUACAUAGGUUGGUAAUCUAUUGAUUAUUGAACCGCUAAUUAUACUGCUGCCUGCUGGGAACAAUAUCAUCAUGUAUCUCAUUGUUGACAGACAAUAAGGAAAGCUACAUGUAGGCCUACUUGCUGCAGGCCUGUAAAGAACACGAACACGAUUCACUCACUGCACUUCCUCCUUACUCUAUACCUAAGGCUAAACGAUCAAUUGACUAAACUACAUGUAUUUGUACCUUUAAAAACAACCAACGCCAACAUGAAUAUUUUUCAAUCAUACACCGGGAAAAAAAAUCAUGGUUUGUUCGUCAAGGCAGAUUCGAUUUCAAAACAGCAUAAUGAUAUAAACAAUGAUGGAAAUGGAAGCAAGGCAGGCACUGAUCGAAGUCAAUAGAUUAAUGUUGAUAAUGAGAUGUCCUGAUCGGGACCUCGACCUACAACCAUUGGUUGUCAUUCAUGACGCAUAAUGCGACGGAGAUAUUUUGUCAAUAAGAUAAUUGAACUAUUGGCCUACCAAAUUGUGCUAUAUAAGCCUGUUCAAGAUAUCACGUGAGAAAGUGCAGGGAUACAUAUAGCCAUGCAGUGCAGUUUGUUAGUCAAUAAUAUUCGAGAGGUUUGAAGUCUUCCAAAUCUGACGUGACACCGGGGUAUCGCGAUCGGUGUCUUAUACGCCAAGGCUGCUGAAAUUGCCCGCCGUGACAGUUGGCGUCCACCCAAGGCCUCCUAUCAAGGCUUUCUUCUGAUUGAUAAGGAAUCGUCCAAGGCGUGUACGGGGAAUGGUAACGGAUUUCAUAUGGCGGUGCCCGCGGUGGUUGACCGGACUCCUAGCCCUGCUAAUCUUGUCCGGCCUUCAUUUCGUCAAACAUUCACACCACCAAUUGGAUGGGGCGGAUGACGUGCAAAAUGCUUUCCUGUCACGUGUAUUGCUUUCCACCAAUGGGAGCUCUGCCCCAGACGUCUCCAACUGCACCCCGCGUGAAAGUGAAAACUUCCCAGACUUCCCCUUGACAAUGGAGACGAAAAGAAAUGGUGGGGUUCUCGUCAUUAUCUUCAUCGCACUCUACGCAUUCGGGGCAUUGGCAGUGGUCUGUAACUACUACUUCCUCUCGGCGAUGGAGGCGAUCUGCCACAGGCUAGGUCUAUCAGAAGAUGUCGCAGGCGCCACCUUUAUGGCAAUAGGUACUUCGGCACCGGAAAUUGGAACUGCAUUUAUUGGUGUUUUCGUCACAGAAAGCAACGUUGGUUUGGACACGGUGGCUGGCUCGACUGUCUUCAACAUGUUCUUUAUAACUUCUCUCUGUGGACUCUUUGGCUUGCAUAAAAUCGCAAUCAAGAAAUGGCCUGUCGUGCGGGAUUUGAUGUCUUUUGUUUUCGCGGCUGUUGUUCUCAUUGGAGUCACAAGCGAUGGUGUUGUGGCUUGGUACGAAGGUCUCCUUGUUAGUCUUGUCUACCUUGCCUACGUCAUCAUCAUAGCAUUUAGUCAGCGCAUUGAGAGAGCCUUGGACAUGUGCUGCCGGUGCGGUGAGGAUGAAGAAACGAUUGCCCUUCUCGGUGAUCAACGUCAACAAGACGGCAAGGCUGGUCCAUCAAAGGUGUAUUCUGACGUCAAAGAAACAGCGUUCUCCAGCGGCCGACACGACGAAGAUCGUUUGAUAACUACUUCAGAUCUCAAGGCUGACAUAGAGAGGAGUCAGUCAAAGUUAAGCUUGUCUGCAUCCACAACAAGUGGAUAUAGGUCAAGCAAUGACCUUGAUGGUGAGGAAUCAUUAAUGGCGGCAAGGAUAAAGUACCACUCCACACUUUCUUUAGCAGGUGAAGAGAGCUACAAAACUCAGCUGUCGUGGCCAAAAGGCUGCCUAGCACGAUUCCUUUGGAUAGUUUACCUCCCUUUCAGCAUAUUACUCUUCUUAACCAUCCCCGACUGCAACAGGCCAGGGUGCUGGAGAAACCUCUAUAUCCUCACCUUUCUGUCAUCAGUGGUGUGGGUGUCACUGCUGUCCUACCUUCUGGUGUGGAUGAUUGAAAUUAUAGGUGAAGUUUUCUUCAUUCCGGAAUCGAUAAUGGGGAUCACAUUCCUUGCCAUAGGGACGAGUAUUCCCGAUGCAGUCGCCAGUCUUCUUGCUUGUAGAAAAGGCUACGGAGACAUGGCCAUAUCCAACAUUCUGGGAAGUAAUAUCCUGGACAUCGUGUGCACGGGUCUGCCGUGGUUUAUCAAGACAGCUAUAGUUAUCCCGGACUCGCUCAUCUACACUGGGACAUCCUCAGUUCUCUUCACAAUCAUCUCCCUACUCUCAAGCAGCUUAAUCGUGAUACUGGGAUUCUUGGCAUUCAGAUGGACGUUAGAUAAACGAAUAGGCGUCUCAUAUUUGAUACUGUACAUGAUAUAUAUUGUGAUAUGCUUGCUUUAUGAGUUGAACAUUUUUGGCUUGGUGAAUUUGCCGCUGUGUCCGGAGGGAGACACUUGACACAUCCCGUUGUCAAUUCAACUUUGACUCAGCCUCCUGAGACAAGAUACAAAUCCCGACAAGAACGCUACGCCAAACAACCUGGGUAACGCUCCGACUUCUUAUUCGCUGUUAAUGGUUAUAUCAGGGAAGAAUGAAUUGUGACAAUAUUAUGAUAUAUACCGUUAUGUCUUGUACAAUAAAUGGGUGAUAAAUGUAA